UUAUAAGGCACACAGCCAAAGCAUUUGGCAUUGCAGGGGUGGUGUCUCUAUAAAGACCCUAGGAGUCCGGGUUGCUUGCCCAAUAGAACGCGUGAUCGCCAGCUGGUCAGUCGUCUUACAAUCAGAUCCUAAAAUGUCACCAAUCCUGACUCAGAAUGAAGGGGAAAACUCCAGUACAGAGACUGGGCUUGUGCGGGUGCCCAACCUCCACGUCCACACGAUGGCUGAAGAUGUGCUGUAUCACCUCGGCCUGGGAACUCUGACCCAUGACCUCCCCGCCAUGUUUGGAGAUGUUAAGUUUGUUUGUGUUGGAGGCAGCGCAUCCCGCAUGCGCGAGUUUGUGGGCAUUCUGUGCACGAAGCUCGCCCUCGCAGAGACGGUUCAGGAUCCGAUCACCGACCUAUGUGGCAACAAUGACCGCUACAGCAUGUACAAGGCGGGACCCGUGCUGGCAGCCAGUCACGGCAUGGGGGUCCCUUCCAUGUCCAUUUUGCUGCAUGAGCUAAUAAAGCUGUUGCACCACGCGCGUUGCCGUGAUGUUACCGUCAUUCGUAUCGGCACGUCGGGUGGACUUGGUCUGGAGCCCGGCACGGUGGUGGUGUCGCGCUCGGCUGUAGACGCAUGCUUCCAGCCGCAGAUGGAGCAGAUGGUGCUGGGCAAGUCUGUGGUGCGCAGCACGGAGCUGCACCCCGGGCUGGCUGCCGAGCUGGUCGCCUGUGGCCGCGCCGUGGGCGGCUUCCAAACCGUGUUGGGCAACACCAUGUGCACACACGACUUCUACGAGGGCCAGGCCCGGCUGGACGGUGCCGUGUGCACGUACAGCCACGAGGAGAAGCUGGCGUAUCUGCGCGCGGCGCACGAAGCGGGGGUGUGCAACAUCGAGAUGGAGUCGUCCGUGUUUUCCGUGCUGUGCCGUCUCAGCGGCCUGCAAGCUGGCGUGGUGUGCGUCACGCUCCUCGAUCGGCUGGCGGGAGACCAGGUGAGCAGUCCACACGACGUCCUGACGGAGUUCGCGCGCCGCCCUCAGCAUCUCGUCGUGGAGCUGAUCCGCACGCGGCUCUCCGGCCUCGAGAAGCGAUGAAGAGACUGCGCCGCACCCGGCCACACAGCACUUUGACGGCUAAAUGCGCACGACUGCAGCUGCACGAAUUGGUGAAUCUGUCAUCGCUGGUGAAUUAAAUCGUUGAUUAGUUAGAUUUGAACACAUUUGCAUGUCAUUUGCAUCAAUAAAUAGUUUCUACGCGUGAGUUUUCAACACGUGCACUUGAAGCUCAGGAUUUAAUUGCAUCAAAGAUGUCAUCAUCAUCACGGUCAGUACCGCUGAUGACAUCAUCGUUGCGCUGGGCUUGCACUGUGGUGAGGUUAUCCCGUGUUGAACGCUCAAAAUCCUGCGAUGCUCACCACUUUAAAAUAGCUGUCAAUUGAUAAACAAAAAAAUGUGUUGUACUUAAUUGAUUCAAGAUGACAAAGGGUGAUCCACAGUCCUCCCACCUUCCGAUUAAGUUACUUAAAACUGAGCUCAAGAUGAAUGAUUAAACACACAGGAAUCUGUCUGUUUAUGGAAAAAAAUAUUGCGUAACAUUUCUACUUGCACCAUUUUCUCAGGCAAACUCUGGACUGGUUUUGAAUUUGUGAGUCUCAUUGGCAAAAUUAGGCCUGUUAAACCACAUAAUUCUAGUUGUCUGAUGUUAACAAGACAUUCAUGGAUGGCUCAUUUUGCACAAAACAAAAAUGUAACAAUUAUGCACUUAAAAUAUAUAUUUUUAAAUGUGUACAGACAGACAGCAGGAUGGUAGUGGAAGUCACCUCUAACCCAGAAUGUACCUAUUUAUCCUGCAAAGCUGUAAUGUUGUGAAACUUCCGUGAGUGCCAAGGUGCCAUAUCCUGGCUUGCCAGGAGAAGGCAGUACAGUAAAUGCGGGCUCUUAGCAAUUCCGUCCACCGUAUAUGGGGGAAGAGUGUUUCCCUCUGACACACGUGAGUUUUUCCUCGGGUGCUCUAAUUCCCUCCCACAUAUAAACACUCAUGGAUUAACUUCAAACGUCUUAAUAUGUAUAUAUAGGGGACUGCACUAAUAUACGACCGAUAAUCUUCUGUCGUGGUGCAUAGCACACUUGAUUUUAUAUUGGGAUGGUUGCGGACUUUUAGUGUGACAACAUGUUUUAUUACAUUGGAUGUAUGUAACCAGUGGUAUUUAAAGUAUAACAUAGAUUUUUAUUUAAUAUUGCCAAGUACUACUUACUCCAAGUUUUAUUAUUGAGAUUGGUGUAGGGCUGACCAGCAAGAUGCAAAUGGUAAAAAUGAAAGACUUGUGUCAAUGCUGGCACCCUUUCCAUCGUCUUGUGGGUGAUGACGCUUCGUUUUCUAGUUUUUAACUCAAUUCUUUCCCUGCAAACUUACUUUGCUACUUUACUGUUAUUCUCCAUUCACCUCUGAAUAUCCCUGUAGGUUGUUGUCACCGCAACUCGCCUCGAGUUUCAUGACGGGGUUAUUUUAAUGAUUUUGUUUUUGCAGAGUGGAUAGAAUAUCAUCCGUCACUCCAGAGGAGGGCACUUGUUUUUGUAAACGGACUAAAUGUUGUGUCUACAGCAGUCAAGCUCUCAAAUAUAAACCUUUUGCAAUAUCGGCUAGUGAGGCUAAAGACACACGUGGAGGUUUAUCAUUUUACUCAUAAUGUACUUAUGGAUACAUUUAAUUUUCAAAGUAAUGCAUUUGUUUACCUUGCCUGGAAAAAUGUUAAACGCCACCCUAAAUUCCUCUGCUUUGCCCACGUUGGCCUUUCCAUUCUGGGUCUCCCCAAUCAGCCUAUGAACGCCACAAUUAACACUUUGGAUGCAACUCGGGUUAAUAUGAUUUUUAAAUGAUGGUUAACUGAAUAGAGAUAAGCUACAAAUAGCAAAAAGCACUGGAUUUUGGCUGCUCACACUAUACAGACAUAAAAUUAAAUGCAUUCACUGAUGAAUACUCAGUAAGCCUCUUGACGGAUUUAGCCAGCCUGUAUUAUUAAUCUUUAUUUAUUUAUUUAUCGUGGCACUCUAUCUUAUGUAAUAUAUAUGUAAACUACAGUGCACUUCUCCCAAGGUCCUCUACAUUGUCCCCUGCCACGGCUAACGUCAAAUGCGUGUGAUAUCCUCACUGGUCAGGGAUGCUCGCUUCAACUCCCACUCACCAGUAUGGUGAAGUGUGGCCAAACGAUACCCGCGACUAACACAGCGUGGUAUGGGAAGUCCUUUCCCGAUGCGUGCCUUUACAAAGGGCUUGUACAUGAUUAGCUUUAUUGAAGCGAUUACGACCAAAUUACCUGCAAUGUACUUUAUAGUGUCUGAGCUCGGAAGCUAAGUAGAUGUGAGCCUGGAUAUUGCUUGGAUGGGUGACCACCAUGCACAACAGCCUUUGGGGAUACGAAGUGUGGACAGCAGACAACAGUGGAGCAAAAUCAAUUGCUGUACCUGGAUGUGUGUACGUUUUUAUUAAAGUAGAUAUUAAACGUCCAUCAACCUUGGCGAUAUAGCCGGAGAGAUUUAAAGCUUUUGCUUUAAAUGUGCUUCAAGGCCUUUUCACAAAACGUACUGUCUGGUACGUGCAUAUGUCAUCUCAGGCCUGACACCUCCCUCACUUUAUGUAUGGGGUUGCAUGUGUGUUGCUUAUAUAUUGGCUGCACUUGCAGGAGGAAUGCGUUACGGAGUAUAUCUCAACACAAUGGAUUUCUUCCUGUAAGUUCGCGAAAAACCUGUUGUUAUAGCUGUCCGAUGUGUUUUCCGAUUCAUUUAAACCGUAGCCAAUGCAAUGAUUCGCGUUUGUUUUUGGGUUGGGCCACGUGGUAGUUUUAUGCAAAAAUCAUUUUCAUUAACCCUCCACUACCUGAAAAAAUUGCCUCGUUUUCAAAAACAUUAUUUAUAUGUGCCAAUGUAUUGAUCAAAUUGUUUCGAAUAAAACUCCUAACCAGUUGCUUAA